AUGGACUGCUUCCUCGACUUCUGCCUCGCCUGCGACAAGCAGACUAGCGAAGGCCUCUACUGCUCUCAAGCUUGCCGCUUGGCCGACCUUGAGAAGGCUGGCUCAUCAACACCUUCGUCACCCUUCUCACCUACUAUGGAGUCGACUUCUCGCUCCUACUUCCCCACCAGCUCAACUGGCUUCCAGCUCCCCGAGGCUUUCAGCUUCAAGCCUGCAAGCAUGUCGACCUUUGUUGAAUCAUCAUCGCCUCGUCGCUCCCUCUCACCGUCAUCGUCACGAAGCUCCUUGUCGUCUUCGGGCGGUAGCCAAUCAGGCAACACCAUCUCAGAGGCAGCACGCACUGAGCUUCAAACAUACGUCAGCGCUUUCGAUCAAACUCGUGAGAUGAAGAGGCGUUCAUUGAGCAGCCACUGA